AGAGAAUGUGAAUGAGAUUAACGACCCUGACCCGUGCCAUAUCGGACACAAUGUAUCAGUGGGUGAGAAGGCAUCAUGGCUUGGAUUUUCAGAUACUUAAAUCUUCAGUCGCUUUAGGCUUUCGCAAGUUGUCGAGAGUCACCAUGCUGUUCAUCGUGUUGAGUCUGUCGCUCAUCGUUUUUAUGUCGUAUACAAAGGCAACAUUCAAUGUCCCUCACACCCUCGAGCAUCUACAAGGCAAUCAGACAUUGGAAACUGGGCAACAUCUGAGCACUCAAACUGUCCAAGUCAAACACGUCAGCAGCCAGAUUUUGUCUCCUCUUCCAGAGAGCACUGCUGAGCCAGAUAAUGUGCAGCUUGAUGUUAUGACCAAAGGUCUCAAGCCAACCCUCACGCCCGAGUCUGCUAUUGCAGAAAUUGCCGAGCCGACCCCUUCACCUGAAUCAAUAAAGCAUGUGGACCCUAUUGAUAGCCAUAGCUCUAAACUGGAGAUACCACAAGAGCAGCAAAGAGACCGCCGCUUCGCUUUGGUAAUACCUGCUACGUCGCCGAGCCCGGAUCUAUGUAAGACAAUAGUGACCGCCCUCGCUCUUGGCUAUCCAAGCCCGAUAAUCAUCAACUGGGGGGUAGACUAUCACACGAUAACAAAAUGGGAGGGCGGCCAAAACCUCCCUAAGAUCCCGGGAUUUGUGAAGUAUCUCGAUGCGGCAAUGCAUCCGGAAGCCCAUCCCGACGAGAAGCUAGAGGAAGACGACCUUGUGCUUAUGGUUGAUGCCUACGACGUCUGGUUCCAACUCCCCGCGGAUAUUCUUCUGAGAAGAUACCAUGAGAUCAAUAAGAGAGCCAAUAUCAGACUACAGCAACAGUGGGGCAGAGAUGAGCCUAUUCCCAUGCGACAGACCAUCGUUGCAGCGUCGGGGAAAAACUGCCACCCGCAACCGGACUCGGGCUCUAAUAUGCACUGCGAAAGAUUGCCUGAUAGCCCAUUGAGAGCAGACCUGUACGGUCCAAACACGGAAAAGGAUGCAACAAAGCACCGGGAUCAUCGCCCAAAGUACAUCAACGGAGGUGUUUACAUUGGCCCCGCCGGUGACAUGAGGCGACUGUUUCGCCGUGCCGCACAGAAGAUGGAAGCAGGCCUUAGCCAAGGCAUCCACUUGUUUAGCGAACAAGGCAUUCCUGGAGAAGUGCUUGGUGAGCAAGAGAUCUGGCGACAAUGGCAGCGAGCCAUGAAAGAAGUCGUCUAUGACAAUGACGCGAAAUUUCUAAUGGAUCGGGACUUUGAGUAUCACUUUGGGCUCGACUAUAGCCAAGAGCUGUCCAUCCAGACCUUUUGGACAGAUACUGAUCACGGACUAUUUGAUGGAGCCUUUGUUUUACUAAACAAUCAGUCCGCUAUUGAUGCACACUCCGAGGCAUUGGGCAUAUCCCCUGUGCGGCUCAAAGGUGUUCCAGAGGAUGUCAAGUCGGCAAAAAAUCCGCUCACCGAUGUGAUUGAAUCACCAGACUGGGGAGAGAUGGAGCUAUAUGCCGACUUUUUCACCGAAUCUGUUCCUGCCAUUGUCCAUCACAAUGGGUUCAAAGAGAGACGAACCUCUUGGUGGGACAAGCCUUGGUUCCACCAGCACUUGCGGAAACUCCUUGCCAUCCACCUGGCACCUAGAAGAACUGAAGCACCAUUGGCGACGGUAGAGAUUGAGGACGGUGGUGUCAAAUACUGGGCUGCGACAGCUGAGAAGUUGGAUAGACGUCCACGACUAAUGGGUGACUCAGCCCAGGCUCCCUUGAAAAAGAUUGGAUUCCAGGACAUUUGUCAGUAUGCGGAUGAUUCACUUCGUCAGCCGGGCGACCACUGGUGGGAUGAAGUGUUUCGCGAUGCAGGGGGACCAUUCAGUUGAGUGUGUGUGCUUUGCUCACUCAUCUUUUCAAAGUUGUUGUCUAAAAUUAAUGUACAUAUCUAUAAAUAAGGUAAAGCUCGUGUAUAUUAUCUAGCCGAUUGGUUUCUCUCUUCUAAAGCCACCCUCGUGUAAGAGCGCAUAUAACAAUACAAGAUAAACUUG